AUGCACAAAACCACACAUACCAAUAAUAAAACUAAGACUACUCACAAAUGUACAUCGUCAUCAAGUUCACCAUGUUAUAUGACUGCUAUAUCUCAGUCACCAUGUUAUAUAAUUGCCAUAUCUCAGUCACCAUGUUAUAUGACUGCUAUAUCUCAGUCACCAUGUUAUAUGACUGCCAUAUCUCAGUCACCAUGUUAUAUGACUGCUAUAUCUCAGGCACCAUAUUAUAUAAUUGCUAUAUCUCAGGCACCAUGUUAUAUAAUUGCUAUAUCUCAGUCACCAUGUUAUAUGACUGCUAUAUCUCAGUCACCAUGUUAUAUAAUUGCCAUAUCUCAGGCACCAUGUUAUAUGACUGCUAUAUCUCAGUCACCAUGUUAUAUGACUGCUAUAUCUCAGGCACCAUGUUAUAUAAUUGCUAUAUCUCAGGCACCAUGUUAUAUAAUUGCUAUAUCUCAGGCACCAUAUUAUAUAAUUGCUAUAUCUCAGUCACCAUGUUAUAUAAUUGCCAUAUCUCAGGCACCAUGUUAUAUGACUGCUAUAUCUCAGGCACCAUGUUAUAUGACUGCUAUAUCUCAGGCACCAUAUUAUAUAAUUGCUAUAUCUCAGUCACCAUGUUAUAUAAUUGCCAUAUCUCAGGCACCAUGUUAUAUGACUGCUAUAUCUCAGUCACCAUGUUAUAUGACUGCUAUAUCUCAGGCACCAUGUUAUAUGACUGCUAUAUCUCAGGCACCAUGUUAUAUAAUUGCUAUAUCUCAGUCACCAUAUUAUAUAAUUGCUAUAUCUCAGUCACCAUGUUAUAUAAUUGCUAUAUCUCAGUCACCAUGUUAUAUAAUUGCUAUAUCCAAGGUUCAAUGUUAUAUGAUUGCUACAUCUCAGUCAGUCACCAUCUUCUAUGAUUGCUUGAUCUCAGACGCCAUGUUAUAUUAG